GAGAGGGAGAGAGUAUCCCAAGCCAGCUCUGUGCUGUCUGUGCCUGAUGCAGGGCUCGAUCCCAUGAACUGUGAGAUCAUGACCUGAACCUAAACCAAGAGUUGGGUGCUUAACCAAAUGAGCCAGACACAAAGGCACCCCUAUGGUUGGCGUUUUUACAUUUAAUACUUUAUUCCACUUGGAAUUUAUUUUUUUGGGAGAUACGUUGGGAAAAUGUAAUGAUUCCAUGUUGUGUGUGUGUGUUUAAAGAGAGAGACAGCACAAGCAGAGGAGGGGCAAAGGGAGAAGGAGAGAGAGAAUCUCAAGCAGGCUCCACACCCAGCUCAGAGCCCAAUGAUGUGGGGCUUGAUCUCAUAACUGUGAUAUUAUGACCUGGGUUGAAAUCAGAGGUGGAUCCUUAGCUGACUGAGCCACCCAGGCGCCCCAUCUCUUGUAUUUUUGAGUUGAUAUUCAUCCAUUCUUUUCACGAUUUGUUCAUUUUAUGUUAGAUUCCUUACUGACCAAAUACUGUGAGGGCUGGACCAGGUAUAUCUUGUUCACUGUUGAAUUCCCUGGCAUCUAGGACAAUGCCUAGAUGAUAGUAAGAUUUAGUAAAUAUUAUUGAAUGGGUGAAUUAUGGAAGAGAAAAUUCUUUCAUUAUUGGUUUUUAACUUAAUAACACUUUUCCUGUUUUUUCUUCAUAUCUUUCAUAUUGGGAAGUCUUCUACAUCUUAGAAGCCUUUAAUCUAACUUUUUAAUCUCAUUGAACUUUGAAAACAUUUUUUUUAAGGGUAAACCAAAUAACCUAUUCAUGUCAGCUCUGCUUUAAUUCUUUCCUGGAUCCAAGCUUGCUAGAAAAGCAGUUUAUAUUCACUUUUCUUCUAAGUUAGCAAAGCUUUCAUGAAAACAUGCUGUUCCAGAUGUGGCGUUGUGGAUGUAAUCACAUGUCUGGUACUGUUUCUGUGUCUGCUUAAUCUUUACUGCUAUCCUGUGCCAGUUCCAGAGGGUAUAUUUGGCUGAUUUGUUUUCUUGCAGUGGGAGCAUGGAUAAUAUAAUACAUAAUGAGGAUUUACUUUUUUUUUUGUUGUAUGUGUGAUGAUUAUUCCAGUGAUAAGGUCAAGGAACCGAGUUUUAAAAUGGAAAGAUGAUCCAUCCCACUAUUAUUUAUUGAUACCUUCUGUGUGCAAAGAACAAAAUGCUAUAGAAUGUGUCCCUAUCUGCAAAGAGUGUACAAGAUGAGGGAUGUAAGACACAGCCUUCACAAAACUCAUUUUAGGCACAGUGCCAAAUGAGUGGUAUAAAAAAUAGUGUAGGCAUUUAGGAAUGGGAAAAACCACUCUGACUUGGGAUGGCAAGGGAAAACUUCUUGGAAAAGUUGAGACUCAUGUAAGAUCAUGUAGGAUGUCUGGUUAAUGGGGCCUCUCAUCUGGGCAGAGAAAUGAACAAAACUUGAGAUGGAAUGCAUUGUACAAAUAUGAGGGCCAUUGCAUAUAUGGAAUGAGUCAACUUUGUGUCAGAGAGAAGGAAAGGAUAGGCAGGAAAUUGGAUCAGAUUGUGCAGGGUCUUGAGUUUUUUUUUUUCUUCCCAAAUCAUAUUCCUUGGAAGUAUCCUAUUUCAUCAAGCAUGGGCUAUAAAUAAUUAGGGCUGGAAAAUGCUUCAUAGCUUUUCUGACAUGAAAAAAGAACCUGCUUUAUUAAUGAGCCUGUGUCUUUAUACAUUAUAUCCGUGGGUGCUAUUAACUUCAGUACUUUCUGUAUGUUUCAGACAUUAAUCUCUUACCAUGGGGGAUUGGAAUUUACUGGGUGACAUCCUAGAGGAAGUUCACUCCCACUCAACUAUAGUGGGGAAAAUCUGGCUGACCAUUCUCUUCAUUUUCCGAAUGCUGGUACUGGGUGUGGCUGCUGAAGAUGUCUGGGAUGAUGAACAGUCAGCAUUUGCCUGCAACACCCAGCAGCCAGGUUGCAACAAUAUCUGUUAUGAUGAUGCUUUCCCUAUCUCUUUGAUCAGGUUCUGGGUUUUACAGAUAAUCUUUGUGUCUUCUCCUUCUCUGGUGUAUAUGGGCCAUGCACUUUAUAGACUCAGGGCCUUUGAAAAGGAGAGGCAGAGGAAAAAGUCACACCUUAGAGUCCGGAUGGAGAAUCCAGAGCUUGAAUUGGAGGAGCAACUAAGGAUAGAUAGAGAGCUGAAGAGAUUGGAGGAGCAGAAGAGAAUCCAUAAAGUCCCUCUGAAAGGAUGUCUGCUGCGUACUUAUGUCUUACACAUCUUAACGAGAUCUGUGCUGGAAGUAGGGUUCAUGAUAGGCCAGUAUGUUCUCUAUGGGUUUCAAAUGCACCCCCUUUACAAAUGCACUCAAUCUCCUUGCCCUAAUGCAGUGGAUUGCUUUGUAUCCAGGCCCACAGAGAAGACAAUUUUCAUGCUCUUUAUGCACAGCAUUGCAGCCAUCUCUUUGUUCCUUAAUGUACUGGAAAUAUCUCAUCUGGGAAUCAGGAAAAUCAUGAGGGCACUUUAUGAGAAAUCCAGCAAUGAGGACAUUGAGGAUGAAAGUGGCACUCCAUUCCAUUUGAAAAAAUAUUCGGUGGCCCAGCCUUGUAUGAUUUGCUCUCCCUUGCCUAAAAGAAUCUCUUUACUUCAAGCCAACAAUCAACAGCAAGUCUUUCAAGUCAAUGUGCUGAAGUCUAAAACCACAUGUGAAAGCCUACAGCCCAGGCAACUUGAAGUAGACCCUUGCUGUAUUAAAAAAGAGUGGACUGAGAAGGAUCAGCACAGCGGACAGCUCCAUGUCCACAGCCCAUGUCCCUGGGAUGACAGUGCUCGAAUUCAGCACCAGGGACAGCAACCAGGCCAUUCAUUUGGCCUAGAAAAUGUAAAGUCCCAGUCCUGGCUAGGUACAGAGAUGGCUCCUAGACAUUGCCCAUCCUAUGCAAUAGGAACCUGGGAGCAGUCCCAGGAUCUACGACCCUCAGGAGAGCCUCUUACAGAGUUGCACAGUCACUGUAGAGACAGCGAUGGCAGCAUGAGAGAGAGUGGGGUCUGGACAGACAGAUCUCACCUGGAUAGUCGCAAGGCCAGCUUUCUGUCCAGAUUGCUGUCUGAAAAGGGACAGUUGCACAGUGACUCAAGAAGCUUCAGUUCUCAGAACAGCUCUUGCUUGGAUCUUCUGCACCGGGAAAAUAGUCCCUCGCUUCUGCCUUCUGCCACUGGGUAUAGAACAUCAAUGAACAUGCUUCUAGAACUUUCAUCUAUUAUGAAAAAAUAAUUCAUGCUUGGGGCCAGAAAAAUGGACCAAGGACCAACCAGCAUCUGCAGGAGAAAAGUUGCACCUUUGUUAGCUCAAACUGCAAGAAGAAUUGUGGGAACCAUCCCCUCCACAGAGACACCCGCCAGGCGAUGGAAGUGGAAAUGAGGCGUGGAGAUAUGAAGAGGCAUGAUCUGUUCCACCAGUGAGUUGGUAGAAGAGCCAGUGAAGACCAGGUGGAUGAAAAUGAUGCUGGGGCCAAGUCCAAGUGGGUGCCAUUAAGGGGCAUACCAUAUUCCAGGUGCUUAAGACACAUUAUCUAUACCUGUUUUAUCUACAACUGUGCAAAGUUAUUGUUUGCCCCCAUUUUAUAAACCAGAGAAGGCUCAAAGAGACUAAGUAACUUGCCCCACAGCUAAAGGUCACACAGCUAAAGUGCAUGCAGUGCAGCUGAAUUGAAACCCAGAUCCAGGUCCAGCUGUUCCAAGGCCUGGACUCCUUCCAGGAAGCUGUGAAGUCGUGUUCUCUCUCUUGUCCAUAACAAUCAGCAGCCCCCGGGCAAUGAUUUAUUUGCACAUCCGUCUGCCCAACUAACCUGUGAAAGCUACAAGGAUAAGGCUUGUGCAUUUUAAGUCUCGGAUGCCCAGCAUGCAGCGUAGUGUUGGUUGAAUGAAUGUAUGUUUAUGUAUAGAUGCCAAAGACAAUAUAGUACCCAUCGCUUUAAA